CAAACUAUUUGGGCAUUUAUAACACAAAGUCACAUAUGAGUAUUUGGGGGUUAUGACUGCCAGCUUAAACACUGAAAUUGUCUAAAUAUUUGCAAUGCUGAGUAAUGAUAGCUUACAUAGCUCUGAACAUUGAUCUACUAUGUGCUAUAAAUCUGACAUAGUAAACCCACUCCACCCUAAAAAAAAAAAAAUUGCUGGUGACUUCUAGCCUGAGUACAACUAACUGCGUUACUCAGACAAUUCAUUACUUUAAGAACCACAGGGGGCUUUUGUAGUAUUUUAGUUAAAACAUUAUGAAUCUGCCAUCACAAAUAUGGAAGUUUAUUUCACACUGUAUCUAUACAAUAAUUUAUUUAUUUUUUUUAUUAUUACAGGACUGAAUGUACAAAAAUUGUUGCUCCCUGUAGUGCUUAGCUUAGAGCUUGCAAACCUGAAGGAAUGGACCAUCAAAGCUGUACUUUUUCCCAGAGAAUGAAUUGCUUCUAAAAACAAUGCAUAGACACUGACAGCUUGUAUCGUCAAAUGGUUUUUAUCCUGCUGUAACUGCUCAGCUCUUCACCGUCACUCAAAUUCAAUGGAUUUUGAUGAGGAUGAUACAAUUUUAAAGCCAGAUCUUAAAAGUGGCCAAGUCAUCCAGCUGAUUGAAAAAAUUUACGACUUGCAUGUUAUUGAGAUCAGAGAACUUCCAAGUUACUGUGAUCAAAACUUUUAUAUUAGAGUGCAGAAAAAUGAAACAUCACAGGCAAUGACUACUGAGUAUGUGGUAAAAAUAAUAAAUUCUGCUGAAAGUCAGAAAAAUGCUGAUAUGUUUGAAGUCCUACAAGAAAUUAUGAAGUUUCUGCAUCUUAAAGGUUUUCCUACACCUUUGCCAUUUCCAACUAAAAAUGGUCAAAGCAUGUCACUGGAAUCAAUUGACUAUGGCCUGAGUAAGAGGAAACAUUUGGUACGUCUCCUGACAUUUCUGCCUGGCAAUGAAAUAAAAACAGUUCCGGUAACUUCCCACAUUCUAUUUGAAGUUGGAAAAAUGGCAGCUUUAAUUGAUAAAGUCCUUAAAGAGAAAUUCCAUCAUCCAAAUAUUGGAAGCCUGAAUCGUGCAUCAUUCAUUUGGAAGCUGUCUAAUUUUCUCCUAAUGGAGCAAUAUAUUUAUGUCCUGGGUCAAAGCAAAGAACGAGAAGUUGUGGAACAAGUCAUUCUGCAAUUCAAAGAGAAAAUUCAACCAAAUUUAAACCAGUUUCGACCAUGCUUAAAUCAUGGAGACUUCAAUGAAGUAAAUAUAUUACUGGAACCAAAAAAUGUAUUUCAUAAGAAUGAUAUGAAUGAGCAGUAUAGAAUCUCUGGAAUUCUGGAUUUUGAUGAUAUGAGUUAUGGCUGCUAUGUGUUUGAAGUAGCUAUUACUAUCAUGUACCAGAUGUCUAAGAAUAAAGAUCCUCUCAGUGUGGGAGGUUAUGUCCUUGCAGGAUUUGAAAGCGUGAUGCCACUGACAUCACAAGAGAGAAAAGCUCUUUUUUUGCUUGUGAACUGCAGGCUUUCACAGUCCAUUGUUUUGAACAGAUACAAUAGUCUACAGUGUCCUGACAAUAAAGACUAUAUGAUGCGUUCAUCAGAAACUGAAGCAAAACUCCUGCUAAAGCUAUGGAAUACAGGCAGUGAAUCUGUGGAGAAGAUAUGGUUUGACAUAGCAGAUUCAUAUGCAAAGGGAAAGAAUGAACAUAACUGCAAAUGGAAUAUACUCUAAAUUGUAUAAUAAAACGAAUGCAGAAAUGCAAGAGUGAAUGGGAUGCAAAUGUAAAAUACAGAAUACUUCGUACAAUUUUUUAUUACAUUUUGUCUAUAUAGUGUGCCUGUUAGUUAAUUGCAAUGUUAUUCAUUAAUAAACACCAUCCAUUUGACAUCCCCAAACCAAAUUCAGAUGUUUACUAUGUUUCUGUUGGCAUUGUUUUAUUACUAUAAUCAGGAGGUUUGGUGAAGCAACACUUAGCUGUGUUGAGAUUUCAAGGUUUGUAAAUGUUUUGCUGAAAAUAAAAUAAAAUAAAAUAAUUAAUUAAUUACCAAACAAAUAAACUUCCCUAAAUGCCUCCAUUGUAAAGGGCAUUUCUUCUUCCUCAUCGGUGCUGUAAUACUAUGACCUAUGGUUUGAUUAUAUAAAAAACAUGAGUGCAGUGGGAUCUGCAAUGGCAGCAUUGUCACUCACAAAAAAUGCAUCAAAGUAUAAUUUUAUCUUUUUUGUUUGCAUGCAAACUUUACCUAUUCUCCUUUAGCCAAAUAUCCUCGAACUAGCACUGCAUAUUGAAGCACUAAUUUUGCUACAUUUUCUAACUUUGUGUAGUUAAGCAUAAAUAUGCCCUUUUUAUGCUGCUGUCUCCAUCUUUUGUAGUUAAUCUUCCAAUUAGAAGAAGGGGAGUCUGACUGUAACAAGCACCAUAUGGCUAUGGUAAAGAGUAGGCUUUGCCUUCAUGGUCAAACCACACCAACCUAGGGUAUAUCCUGUAAUACCCACACCCAAUUGGGCAUUACCGCUACAUUAAGUAGUUAACCAACAGUGAUGGAAUACUUUUUAGGGGAGUUUAAACUUAGGGCUUUCUAGGGAGACCUUUUAACCAAAGUACCUAGACUAGCUUUAUCCUGAUAGAGGGUAAAACAGCUACAGUCAUCCCCCUGCAAGGGGGCCUGUCAGCUGACCUGGCAAAUUACAGACCCAUAAGCUUGACUAGUCUUAUUUGUAAGGCCAUGGAAAGAAUAAUCAUGAAUCUGAUAAAUAGUGACAUAGCAAACCUCCAAACUCUGGAUCCCUCCCAGCUUUGUCAAAAGCCUACUAAAUCUGGUGGACUUCUUUGAAGAAGUCACUAAGACCAUGGAUGAGGGCAAGACUGUACAUACUACCUACCUCAACCUGGCCAAGGUCUUUGACACAAUCCCCGACUCAGUUAUAAGUAAACUCAGAAAACUGGGCAUAAAUCCCUGCAUCAUCAGAUGGAUAGCCACUUGGCUCAUGGACAGGACACAAGAGGUUAAAGUGAGUGAAUCCAGUACUAGCAAGAGGCCAGUUGCUAGUGGUGUGCCACAGGGAUCAGUGCUGGGACCACUCCUGUUUGGUAUAUAUUUCUCGGGUGCCAGGGCGAUGUAGAGGGCUUCUGGAUGACAAAGUUUGCAGAUGACUGCAACCUGGCUCAAUCAUUAAAUUCCCCAGUGAUGUAGAUAUCCUUCAGGAGGGUCUAAAUCAGGCAAAUGAUUGAUGUCAGAACCACGUUCUGAAACUAAAUGUGAAGAAAUGCAGUAUUCUAUACUUUGGAAAAUCAACUACCCCUGUUAACUACAACAUUAACAACAUAUCCCGAGAACCAGAGGUGAGGGAUCUAGAGACACAGACAGACAGUAGCCUGGAUUUCAACUAUCAUGUGCCCACAGUGGUAAGGAAGUCCUUCUGUGUGGCAGAGCUUAUAAGUGUAUGGCAUCCAGAUCCAGAGACAUUAUAAUCCCACUGUACACAGCCUUCAUUAGUCCAAUAAUUGAGUACAUUGUGUCAUUUGGUAUAUACUUGACUAGGCACUUACAACAGCUGGAAUAACUUCAGAGGUUCCUCACUAAACAAAUACAGGACAUAAAGAACUUAUCCUAUGGGAUUACACUGAAGGCCCUUUCCCUUUACUUUGCCUCCUAUUGACUAUUAAAAGCCAUGCCUAACCUACAAGGCACUCAUAAAUACUGCCCUGAUGGAGUUCCUACAUAUCUGCAAGACACAUUAUGAAGAUCACCCAUUCUAAGGAUCUAAACUUAGUCAGUGAUUCAAACAGAACAUGCUGGAGAGACAGAUAUGUGUCUCAGAAAUUGCCCCACCUUUGGAAUAGGUUUCCUAGUCACAUUAAGCAGAGUUCUUCCCUGGCCCUCUUUAAGACCAGUUUGGAUAGCUGGAUGGGGAACCACAGAUUCACACCUGGAGUGGUGCCUAUGACCCUUAUGAACAGGAGCAACCUGUAAAAUCUGUAAAGUACUCAUGGCAUAGGCUGAAACUAAUGCCAUCCUCCAGCCCCUAGGGGGUCUUAUACUGUAUAAAAGCAGGUUAUAUUGGCUAGGCUUGUAAAGUCUCUUGAGCUGUUAGCUUAGUAAUCUCCUACAAACCUAUAAAAUGCUGCAUGUUUUGCUUGCCCAUUAUCAUAUUCUAAAGCAAAAGUGGUUCAACUUGGUUCAGGUAAAAUCACAUUUAAAUAUUUGUUUGUGCUUCUGGCAGUGAUUAUAAAAACACUGUAACUUUUUUUUACCAAGUGCAAUGUGCUGGAUGUUUCUACUCCAUGAUCAUUUUUUUUGAGUCAUGUGAAAUUAGUUUCAGUUGUUUGCUGGCAUUUCCGACUGCACUUAUGAAGGUGAUGUAUUUUUAUCAGAAGCAAAAUGCUGGAUGUUCUUUCAUACUACCAUUUUAAAAUGCUACAUGUUGCUUUCCCGUGAACAUAAACUGAGAAACAUUUCAGCUCUGCACUCAUGAAAAAGUGUUAAUGGCUUUUUAUGAAAAGAAAAAAGCAGAAUUUUGCUACCAGUGAUCAUUCUUUUCAAAGAAUCACAUAAAAUCAGUUUCAAUAGUUUAUUAGUACUUCUGACAAUGUUUGGAAAAAUGUAUUUUGGUUU